GGUCGCAAGCGCAAGAGUGUUCGUUGAUAUCGAGACAAUAUAUAAUAUCUGCAUCACAUUCCAUUACCAUAACUGUUCGCCUAAACGAUUAAUAAUGUCGUUGCCACAUAUUUUACAAUGUUUUGCCCCGGAAUGUGGAACGUGUCAGCGUAGUGAUGGAUACCUGCUGUGGUGCUCCUCCUUGUACCAUCGAGUGGGUUUCCGUGCGUGGUUUAGCCAAGAGAUCUACUCGGACGUAGUUUUCCACUUGAAAAAUGAUGCUACUACUACAUACCCAAGUCUUUUUCACACCCUCAUCGUCACACAGGAAUUCAAACUGCCAAGGAAAGGGCAAAAUAGCCUGUUUUUCAACAUGAGCAAUAGAGGAAGGGCAGUCAGGGCCAAGACCAGCAUAGCUGAGGUAUUCACAGGGAUACAAACGUGGCAAAUAUCUCUGCUGCGGGAAUGCCUACAUUGCAAGGGGUUCACCGGACCAGAUCCAGUGGCACUUGCAAAAGCGUGCCCAACACCAACAGUACUCAUCAACGCAGCAAACACAUCAACCUAGUACAUGCAUUCCACGCUCAUGGUUUGCCACAGCACUAGGCAUCAAUGCUUUGACGGAAGAAGCGCCAUCCGCGUUAGUCCCUGGUUCCAGAACCAGGAGGAUGCUCAGAAGCAGUCAGCAGCAGUCAGCAGUACCAAGCCUC